UAAAACCUCCCCAGGAUAUUUGAUAAGUCUCCUCCCCACCUCUCCUAUCCUACUUUCCAAAGCAUGAAACAGGGGAUCUACAUGGGAGAUUCUUGCGGGGGAGGGGUCCAGAACAUGGCUCCCCAGUUAAUGGGUGAUGGAAUUUGCACAAGAGCUGGGCAAAGGUGAAAGGGCCUGUCCUGCCCCAAAUCCCUCAUCCCUUCGCUCCGCUUCACUGAUGCCUCCACCCCCUCCCCACUCCAGGCAGCUAACUUCCUCCAAACUCCGACCUCUUACUCUCUCUACUUAACUCUGGCCCAGGGCAGCCAAGACAAGAAGAAAGGCAGUCAGCAUGAGCCGAUCACACCCCCAUCCCGUCCAACUCCAGUCUAUGGGCCCCCAGGAUGCCCUGGCCACACUGCCGCCACCACCACUCCCACCGCAGCCUGCUGUCCAAAAUCCCUCCUCUCACCCUUGGGCCUCUCAGUGUGGGCCUCCUCCCUGGGGCCUCAGCUGUCUUCUGGCUCUGCAGCAUAUCUUGGUGCUGGCUUCUCUGCUCUGUGUCUCCCACUUGCUCCUGCUUCAAAAUCUCCCCCAAGGAGAGCUCUCAUAUUCCCCUGCCCAACUCCUGGCCUCCAGCCUCUUUUCGUGUGGUGUGUCUACCACCCUGCAAAUUUGGAUAGGCAGCAGGCUGCCUCUUGUCCAGGCUCCGUCCUUAGAGUUCCUUGUCCCUGCUCUGGUGCUGACCAGCCAGAAGCUACCUCUGGCCAUCCGGACACCUGGAAACUCCUCCCUUGUGCUGCGCCUGUGUGGGGGGCCUGGCUGCCAUGGCCUGGCGCUCCGGAACACUUCUCUCCGAGAGGUGUCCGGGGCUGUGGUGGUAUCUGGGGUGCUGCAGGGAACGCUGGGGCUGCUGGGGAGUCCUGGCCAUUUGUUCUCCCACUGUGGGCCCCUGGUGCUGGCCCCCAGCCUGGUGGUGGCAGGGUUCUCUGCCCACAGGGAGGUGUCCCUUUUCUGCUCUACUCACUGGGGCCUGGCCUUGCUGCUGAUCCUGGUCAUGGUGAUCUGUUCUCAGCACCUGGGCUCCUGCCAGUUACCUCGGUGCCCCUGGAGGCCAGCUGCAGCCUCCUCGCCUCACACUCACAUGCCUGUCUUCCGGCUCUUCUCGGUGCUGAUACCAGUGGCCUGCGUGUGGAUCAUCUCUGCCCUUCUGGGGCUGAGCGUCAUCCCCCCGGAGCUGUCUGCCUCCCCCAAGGCACCAUGGGUUUGGCUGCCUCACCCAGGUGAGUGGGACUGGCCCUUGCUGACACCCAGGGCUGUGGCUGCAGGCAUCUCCAUGGCUUUGGCAGCCUCCACCAGCUCCCUGGGCUGCUAUGCCCUGUGUGGCCGGCUCCUGCAAUUGCCUUCCCCACCUCCACAUGCCUGCAAUCGAGGGCUGAGCCUGGAGGGUCUGGGCAGUGUGCUGGCCGGGCUGUUGGGGAGCCCUCUGGGCACUGCAUCCAGCUUCCCCAACGUGGGCACAGUGAGUCUUAUCCAGGCUGGAUCUCGGCGAGUGGCCCAUCUGGUGGGACUGCUCUGCGUGGGGCUUGGGCUCUCCCCGAGGCUGGCCCAGCUCCUCACCACCAUCCCGCUGCCUGUACUUGGUGGGGUGCUUGGGGUGACCCAGGCCGUGGUUCUGUCUACUGGAUUCUCCAGCUUCCACCUGGCUGACAUUGACUCUGGGCGGAACGUCUUCAUUGUUGGCUUCUCCGUCUUCAUGGCCCUGCUGCUUCCGAGAUGGCUUCAGGAAGCCCCUGUGCUGAGCACAGGCUGGAGCCCCUUGGAUGUAUUACUGCGCUCGCUGCUCACAGAGCCCAUCUUCCUGGCAGGACUCUUGGGUUUCCUCCUAGAGAACACCAUUCCUGGCACAAGGCUUGAGCGAGGCCUAGGUCAAGGGCUGCCAUCUCCUUUCUCUACCCAAGAGGCUCGGGUGCCUCAGAAAUCCAGGGAGAAGGCUGCUAAAGAGUACCAACUUCCUUUCUCCACCCCAAAUUGGUCUCCCUGUAUCCCCCAGCCCCUCCGUUGCCUCUGCCCUCUGCCUGAAGACCCUAGGAAUGAGGAAGGAGGGGCCUGUGAGCCAGGAGAGACAGCAGACUUGUUGCUUGGCUUUGGGGAGCAGUGUCCUGAGUCUAGCAGAGAACUUAGGUCCCAGUGAUUACCAGGACUCCUACCCCUGUCCUGGUUAGUUUAGCCCUAUCUCCCAGCUUGCUGUGUGAGUCAGCUCCCAGGCUCUAAUUUCUCCUAGGAAGAAGGUGUGUGUGUGUGUGUGUGUGUGUGUGUGUGCGUGAGAGAGAGAGAGAGAGAGAGAGAGAGAGAAAUGGACCCACCUAAAGGUCUCACUUCCCAAUAGGUGUGUUGCCUUUCCUUCUCUUAAUUAGGCCUAACUGUUCCAGGCAGGGGCCAUGGUUUAGUGGACCAUGAGAAUGAAUGAAUGAAUGAAUGAGAUUUUGUAUGUGAACUAUCUAUAGUCGAACCCCAGCAUGCACUUAACAAAUAUUUAUUGAGGGCCUCCCAUGUGCAAGGUCUUGGAACUACAGAUAUGGAGAACAAAGGGUCCCUGCCUUCUUAAGGUACCUACCAUUUAAAAAGCCUUCUGUAGGGGCACCUGGGUGGCUCAGUCGGGUAAGUGUCCAACUCUUGACUUUGGCUCAGGCACCGUGUAGGGCUCCGUGCUGAGCGUGGAGCCUGCUUGGG